CUACUAGAGCUCCUGGGCUUCCGCGUCCCCAGGGCGGCCCUGCGGUUGGCGGCUUCCGGGUGGCCCGGAGCGAGGGCGGCCCCGCUCGAGACCCGCGUCGCCAUGGCCGCGGUUCCCGAGGUGUUGCAGCAGCAGGAGGAGGACCGCAGUAAGCUGAGAUCUGUGUCAGUGGACCUGAAUGUUGAUCCCUCGCUUCAGAUUGACAUACCUGAUGCACUCAGUGAGAGAGAUAAAGUCAAAUUUACAGUGCAUACCAAGACCACACUGCCCACGUUUCAGAGCCCAGAGUUUUCUGUUACAAGGCAACAUGAAGACUUUGUGUGGCUACAUGACACUCUUAUUGAAACUACAGACUAUGCUGGGCUUAUUAUCCCGCCGGCGCCGACCAAGCCUGACUUCGAUGGCCCUCGAGAGAAGAUGCAGAAGCUGGGAGAGGGUGAAGGGUCAAUGACGAAAGAAGAAUUUGCCAAGAUGAAGCAAGAGCUAGAAGCGGAGUACCUUGCUGUCUUCAAGAAGACAGUGUCUUCACACGAAGUCUUUCUCCAGCGGCUCUCUUCCCACCCUGUUCUCAGUAAGGACCGCAACUUCCACGUGUUCUUGGAAUAUGAUCAAGAUCUAAGUGUCAGGCGAAAAAAUACUAAAGAGAUGUUUGGUGGCUUUUUUAAAAGUGUGGUGAAAAGUGCUGAUGAAGUUCUUUUUUCAGGAGUUAAAGAGGUAGAUGAUUUUUUUGAGCAAGAGAAGACUUUCCUCAUCAACUAUUACAACAGGAUCAAGGAUUCCUGUGCAAAGGCUGACAGGAUGACCAGAUCUCAUAAAAAUGUCGCAGAUGAUUAUAUCCACACUGCAGCCUGCUUGCAUAGUCUGGCUUUAGAGGAGCCUACAGUCAUCAAGAAGUACCUGUUGAAGGUGGCUGAACUGUUUGAAAAACUUAGGAAAGUGGAGAGUCGAGUCUCCUCAGAUGAAGACUUGAAGCUGACAGAGCUCCUGCGAUACUACAUGCUCAACAUAGAGGCUGCCAAGGAUCUCUUAUACCGACGCACCAAAGCCCUCAUCGACUAUGAGAAUUCAAAUAAAGCCCUGGAUAAGGCCCGGUUAAAGAGCAAAGAUGUCAAGCUGGCCGAGACACACCAGCAGGAAUGCUGCCAGAAGUUUGAACAGCUCUCUGAAUCUGCAAAAGAAGAGCUAAUCAAUUUCAAGCGGAAGAGAGUGGCAGCGUUCAGGAAGAAUCUAAUGGAAAUGUCUGAACUGGAAAUAAAGCAUGCCAGGAACAACGUGUCCCUCCUGCAAAGCUGCAUCGACCUGUUCAAGAACAACUGAGUGAAGGACUGAAUGUGAAGAAAGCCAGCAUCACUUGCACUCAAAUCAUUACCACAGAAGAUUGACUUGAUUUAUCUUGACUUCAGUUUAAAAUUAUGUGAAUACAUAUUUUGAUUUCUAAAGAUCUUAACACUUAACCAUGUUGGUUUAAAAAUAUUUCUAUUGCAUGCUCCUUGGACAUAACUAAUCUUGAUGCAGUUAAUACCUCAGUGGGUAGAAUCUUAAGUACUGGGUUCUCCUCUAAUUUGUAGUAAUGAAGAAGGGGUGCGGAAUCACGUGCCUUCUGGAGCGAGUGUAAUCAGCAAGGGCCCCGCACAUGUCAUCUCAAGUUUCAUGUGCCCGUGUCCCUGUAAUUUAGGGUAGGUACCUGUUAAUGGCAGAUGAGUCAGCUACUCGUUGCAGGUAACAGACAUUCCAUCCCUUUGUCAAGUGAUUUCCCCUUUCUUACUCACAGAUCGGUAGUCACCUUCAGCUGUUUGUACUAUAACAAGAGCAAGAAAAAUACCGUAUCUUUAUAUAUACCCUUUGCAACUCCAUUUUUGUAGCUGGGAUACAAAUAUUUGUGGGGAGAGGCUUAUCUUAAGGGUAUAAGAACAACUAAUGUGAACCCCUCCCUUCCUGGUGGGGGCACAGUAUGUGCGUGCUUGGACUUUUUAUAAAGCAUCCAAUAAAAUAAUCCAUG